AGGGGGCAUGGCGGUGCGCGCGCGGCGGAGCCGGUGUGCUGGGAAGCGGGCUAGUUCGAGCUCCCAACCUCGGGCCCGCCGGUGCCAUGGACGGCCUGCGCCAGCGCUUCGAGCGCUUUCUAGAACAGAGCAACUUUGCCACCGAAGCACUCGGAGCACUCGAAGCCUGGACCGGUGUCGAGAAGCGGUAUCUGGCCGCGGGAGCCGUCACUCUGCUAAGCUUGUACCUUCUCUUCGGUUACGGGGCAUCUCUACUGUGCAAUCUGAUCGGAUUUGUAUACCCCGCGUAUGCUUCAAUCAAAGCUAUCGAGAGCCCAAGCAAAGAAGACGACACUGUGUGGCUCACCUACUGGGUGGUGUACGCUCUGUUCGGGCUAGCCGAGUUCUUCAGCGAUCUACUCCUGUUCUGGUUCCCUUUCUAUUACGUGGGCAAGUGCGCCUUCCUGUUGUUCUGCAUGACUCCAGGGCCCUGGAACGGGGCCCUCGUGCUGUAUCACCGCGUCGUUCGACCGCUGUUUCUAAAGCAUCACGCAGCAGUGGACAGCGCCAUGAGCUACCUCAGUGGUCGGGCCCUAGACGCAGCAGCCGGAAUAACCAGGGAUAUUCUGCAGGCCCUGGCCCGCGGCCGGGCUCUCGUCACCCCAGCGUCGGUGGUGGAACCCCCAACCACCCUGGAAGCCAACCCCAAGCCAAGCCUGAGUCCACCGCAGAAGAACAAGUGAAACAGCCCUCCAGCCCUUGCGUGGAUCCUCUGGCUGGAGAGAAAGGGCUCACAGAAGACCACCAGCCCUCCGCAGAGUCCUCCACAGACUCUUCGGAAGAUUCCCACCCCAAACCC